GUGCCCUUGAACCUCAAUUUCAUAUCAGUGCACCGUCUAUUCUUAUGGCCUUUUGACUGAAAGUACAUGCAUUCAUUGGAGCAACAUUCGAGUGCUUGUUCCUUUCAUAAACCCCUGAUUCACAAGUUCUCAAUUCACAUUGAUGGGCUGUUUGAUUAUGCAAUGGGGCAUUGGGGCUACAGCCACCUGUAUUAUAUAAGCGCACCAGUUCCAAGUCUGAAACCAAGUGCCAAGUCUGAAUUAUUGUCUAGCAAGGAAUGCUACCUGCUGCCACAUCACUCGUCAACUUACUGCCUACAGCAAUACUGGAAGCAAAUCAUACGCGCCGCAAAUGCUUUUUCAGGCGGUGCGAUGCGUCGAUCUCUAUCGAGGCGGUUUCUUUUCCGAGUCCGUGUGUUUGUGGUGAACUGCUCCGUCGUAUGGCUGCAAUGCUAUGCAAAAAUUUUGCUCGGUUGCUUGCUUUCGCACCUGGAGUUCUUGAAGAAUUCUGUACAGGUAAAUCUAAACAUCCUCUGAAGACCAAGACCAAGGGGUUUCGUAGCAAAAGCUCCAUCAGGAUUCAGGAAUCAGGACUGGAAGCCGCCAGUUGCGGGGACGUGAAAUCGGCGUCUCGUCAAUCCUACGGCCGCUCCGCUCUUCCCUUUUCCCGUGCUUGCACUCCAAAAACGCAAAAACCGCUUUCUUUUGCUUCCGUCCCUUUCCAUUCGUCCUCCCUCCGCCUCUCUCGCCAUCCGCCGCGGCGCCAACCGAGUCGAUCCCCCCUCCCGCCCCCGCCGCCAUGGGCCUCCUCUCGAACAGGAAUAUAUGUGGGCGAUGAUAAGGUGAUCCAUUUUACUAGAGGAAGGGGCCAGGAGGUCGGAACAGGAACUUUCAUUGACCUCCUCCUUAUGAGCUCUGGUCCUAAUACAAACACUCCAUGUUCAAUAUGCAACAAUGAAGGUGCCACCACCAAUACGGAGACAAAUGGUGUGGUAUCCUCUUGCCUCAACUGCUUCCUGUCAGGGGGCGCCCUCUACCGUUUCGAGUAUGCUGUCAACCCAGCACUUUUCCUUGCCAAAGCGCGAGGAGGGACGUGCACGCUUGCCCCAACUGAUCCAGAUGAGGUUGUUGUGCGCCGUGCCAAUCACUUGCUCAGCAAUGGUUUCAGGUGCUACAACCUGUUCAAGAGCAACUGUGAGGACUUCGCGAUAUACUGCAAGACAGGCCUCCUUGUGGCAGAGCAAGGUGUCGUCGGGCAGAGUGGGCAGGCCAUCUCCAUCAUCGGUGGACCUCUUGCUGCGGUGAUUUCAACCCCAUUCCGCCUAGUAACCACGAAUAUCUAUGGAAUGGCGGUGAUGGCAGUUGGGGUGUAUUGCGCCAGCAGGUACGCAGCUGACAUUGGCAACCGGCGAGAUGUGCUGAAAGUGGAAGUGGAGGACCUGACUGCUGGGCUGGCGAGUGGCAGGAUUCGUGCCGUGGAGAACAUCAGUCAGUUGGUUGCUCCGGCAGAAGCCCAAGGUCUGGCCGUAACCGCACCUGUUGCUGCUUAAAGUGCACCACUGAGAUCUAUACAUUACUCCAGACCUUCUGCUGCUAAAUUUAUGGAUGUUUCGUUGUCAAAUAUCAGCUGAAAUUGUGUACCAGAGUGAGCCUCCCAUUCAGCAAUAGCUGUACAAACAAUGAAAAAACUUAUACGCCCGUUUCUGCCAUCAACUGUUAUGUGUGGCUUAUCUACUGUUGUAUAAAUUAUGAACAUGGAAGUGUGGUGCUUGUCGAUUUGCAACUCAAGAUUGUGACA